UUAUUAAUCGUUAGUUGGUUUCAACAACUACCUUAUUUGCCAAAUCCAUUUCUCUUCCUCUCUCUCUCUCUCUCUCUCUCUCUCCGCCUCCUUUGCAGUGUGACUGAGAGUUUUGGAGGCAGCGAGAGAAGAAAUAGCAAAUGGAGAUGGCUACCACUACAUUCAAUAACUCUUCUUUCUCUAUGAUAAACCCUACCCAUAUUAUUAAAAAGACACCUUCUUCUACUCUACUCACUAAGCAACUCUUUGGUCUCAGCUUGUCUUCUUAUCCAAAAGCAUCGCUCAGGUGUCGUUCAAAGAGCCCAUUCCACAGUUCAAUCAAAUGUUCAGUUUCUCAAGCUACUGAAAGAGCUACUUCUGAGAAAAAGACCCAAUUGAUGAGAAGAGGAGAUAUAAGGAAUAUAGCAAUAGUUGCUCAUGUUGAUCAUGGAAAGACAACUUUGGUUGAUGCCAUGUUGAAGCAAUCAAAGGUUUUCCGAGAUAACCAAUUCGUACAGGAAAGGAUAAUGGACUCAAAUGAUCUAGAGCGUGAAAGAGGGAUUACAAUUCUCAGCAAAAAUACAUCUAUCACUUACAAGGAUACCAAGAUUAAUAUAAUAGAUACUCCAGGGCACUCUGACUUUGGAGGUGAAGUGGAGCGCAUCCUCAAUAUGGUGGAAGGGGUUCUUCUAGUGGUAGAUUCUGUUGAAGGACCAAUGCCACAAACAAGGUUUGUUUUGAAGAAGGCUUUGGAGUUUGGUCAUGCUGUUGUUGUUGUUGUCAAUAAGAUAGAUAGACCUUCUGCUCGUCCAGAUUAUGUCAUCAAUUCCACCUUUGAACUAUUUAUUGAACUAAAUGCAACAGAUGAGCAGUGUGAUUUCCAAGCAAUAUAUGCAAGUGGUGUACAAGGAAAAGCAGGAUUGUCUGCUGAUGAUUUGGCUGAUGAUCUUGGGCCACUCUUUGAGUCCAUAAUCAGAUGCAUACCUGGACCACACAUUGAAAAAGAUGGUGCACUGCAAAUGCUUGUAACAAAUAUUGAGUAUGAUGAACAUAAAGGACGAAUAGCUAUUGGACGCUUGCAUGCUGGAGUUUUACGCAAAGGAAUGGAUGUGAGGGUGUGCACAUCAGAAGAUUCAUGUAGAUAUGCAAGAGUUAGUGAGCUUUUUGUGUAUGAUAAGUUCAGUAGGUCUCCAGCUGAAAGUGUGGAAGCUGGUGAUAUUUGUGCUGUCUGUGGAAUUGAUGACGUUCAAAUUGGGGAGACAAUUGCUGAUAAAUUAUCUGGGAAGCCAUUACCUUCUAUCAAAGUCGAAGAACCAACUGUGAAAAUGGCUUUCUCUAUAAACACUUCACCAUUUGUUGGCCGUGAGGGAAAAUAUGUUACUAGCAGGAAUUUACGAGAUCGACUCUACCGAGAGCUCGAGCGAAAUUUGGCUAUGAAAGUUGAAGAUGGUGAAACUGCAGAUACAUUUAUUGUUAGUGGGCGUGGUACUUUACAUAUCACCAUAUUGAUAGAGAACAUGAGAAGAGAAGGAUAUGAAUUCAUGGUCGGACCACCCAAGGUCAUUAACAAAAAAGUGGAUGACAAAGUGCUGGAACCAUACGAGAUUGCCACUGUGGAGGUACCUGAACAACAUAUGGGGUCUGUGGUUGAACUUCUUGGCAAAAGGCGUGGACAGAUGUUUGAUAUGCAAGGUGUUGGGUCCGAGGGAACAACACUAUUGAAGUAUAAGAUUCCUACACGUGGCCUUCUUGGAUUGAGGAACGCAAUUUUAACAGCUUCUCGUGGAACAGCAAUUCUUAAUACAAUAUUUGAUGGUUAUGGACCUUGGGCUGGAGAUAUGUCUACAAGAGAUCAGGGCUCACUGGUUGCGUUUGAGGAAGGAACAUCUACUUCUUAUGCUCUUGCUAGUUCACAAGAGAGAGGGCAGAUGUUUAUUGGUCCUGGAGUGGAUGUUUAUAAAGGCCAAAUAGUUGGCAUCCAUCAGCGACCAGGAGACUUAUCACUGAAUGUGUGCAAGAAAAAGGCUGCAACGAAUGUUCGUUCAAAUAAAGAACAAACAGUGGUUCUUGACACCCCCUUAGACUAUAGUCUGGACGACUGCAUCGAAUAUAUUCAAGAAGACGAACUGGUGGAGGUUACUCCCUCCAGCAUCAGAAUGUGCAAAAACCCAAAGUUGUCCAAAAAGGGUCGAUGAAGAGUCUGUAGACUUAUCAAGUGGAUCUGGCAGUAGCACAUACUUGCAUAAUCUCAAAACAAUAGAAGCCUCACACUUCAGCAUUUAAAACUCAUCUAAUUCUCCCAUACAUCAUAUGCCCUUUUCUCUUCUGCCUUCCUUUCUCCCUCACUCUCUCACCUCAAAAACUUUUCAAACGUAUUUGCCUCAUAGCACUCGUAUAGAAUGAAUUUGUUAGGGAAUAUAAGGGCAUAUCAAGUUUUGCUUCCUGUUAGAAGCCUGUAUAUAAACUAUACAGCACACCCAGUUGUCCUGCUCAUCAGGAUUUCCGUACUGAAAUUGUAUUGCUAGGAAAUAAGCAAGUGGAGAUUCUCAAAAGUCCUGUAAUGCAGAUUCAGGCAAUCCCUCUUUGAGAGGGGGCUUGCAUAUGCUAUUUUGUUUUACUGAAAUUUUUAGUAAUGUUUUCAAUUGAAGUGUUCACAGUGAUCACUAUGACUUCAUGGAAAUAUGUUAUGAUUAUGCAAUUAUAUAAACAGGACAAUUGUUUUCUCUUCUUA